UUCAGAUUCCUUUCAGAGUUGGCUCCCUUUUAACAAUUACCGCAUAGGAAAGAUAAGUUUUCUGUCUGUAGCAUGUGCAUUUUCGGAGAAAUUCGGUUUAUUGUUAUCCGGAAUGUUUCAGUCAUUUGUUUAAUAUGUACUUUACAAAAUAGACUUGUUUACCUGCGUUGCUAAGGUUACGGUUGCCAAGUUCAAGAGCGGCCAUUACGAAUCUUCGUUUACCGAAGCGUAUCAUUGCUAUCACACCUCUGCACUUUUGAAAGUUUCUUCGACAUAUUUGAGUUUCUUCGCUUUCUUCUUACUGCAGUAAGAUUUCUCUUGUGAGACUUGAGUUUGGAGUUGAAUACUCUAGUAUAAUCUUGAGUUGGAGUAAGAGAGAUACACUGUGAAGGUAACUGACAUGAACUGAUUUACACACUUGUAGUAGACAUUGUGAUUUGUCCCUCUCAUAACCUCACACAUGCAGGAAAUAACGUUCACAUGAAGAAACACAAAAGUGAAAAAAUUAAUUCAGUUUUAACUUGUUAAUUGUACAGAUGUUUUAAGACAUGUCUCUUCGAUUUUCUUGUAAAUUGUACUUAGAGUUUUCAAAAUAUAUCCCAAAACAGAUAAUAGGGAAAUACACUAACAUUCAUUUGAAGUUCAUAAAAGAACAUAUAUAAUAACAUGUAUGAUGUUCUUCGCUAUUCUUGUAACUUGUACUAAAAUUUAUAAAACUUAUUCCCUAACACGCUUCAGAGCCACAAGAUGUUGUGUCCCAACGAGAGUUGGGUGAGCCUGGAUGACUUUCAGCCUCGCUGUACCUGUCUCUACCCCCACACAACUUGGACCGAUGCAGCCAUCCCCUCCAACACCACUAGGUCCAUCAGCCCCACUAGCCCUACCCCUAGAUCACCCAUGUUUGGUAGUAACAGACCAGACAGCCCCAUCAGCAAGUAUCUAGAAAACCAGGACUCCUUCCUUUAUCCAGAAUGUCCCAGAUUUAAUUCAUUUUUUGACACCAAUGAUGUAACAUCAACGUUUUUAUCAGUCAAUCCAGAUAUCUGGUCUGUCAGCCCAAGUGAUGAGUCUCUCCCAGCCAGUGCCAGCUCCAGCCUGACCAGCCUGAGCUCCACCAGUCUUACUGACCCCUUCCCCAGCUCUUCUACCCUUUUCCAGAAUUCUGAGGAAUUCUUCGAUGAUCUUCUUCCCUCCCCAUCUUCCAGCACAACCUGCUUCAACUAUGGCCUCCCACCUAGCAGAUAUCUGGAAUCAGAUAUGUCAGGUUUGCCAGAUGACAUGAAUCUCUCAGCUACAGUUUACAAAGACAUCUGGUUAUAUAACACCUAUGACCUUUUUCAGGAUGGACCACUACUGUCCUCAAGCUCCAUGUCUCUUCCUAUCAGCCCAGUGAGCAGCUUCACCAACCUGAGUGAGUGCAAUGUGUCCUGCAGUCUGACCAGCCUGUGCCACCAAGGAGUGUCACUUCCAGUCCCCAGCAGGAGACCUGGACCCCUGAACAAGAUGGUGGAUAGGAAGAGAAAGAGAGAUGAGGAUGAUGAGGUGGAGGUGAAGGUUUGUAAGAGGGCCAGGCUAUAAGUAUGGUAAUCCGAUUUACACUGUUAAUGUAUGUCUGAAGUAUCUGUUUUACUAACAUUAAUUGAUUACUUUUCAGUUUUCUAUAUUUUGCUCUGAAUGGAUGUGUUUUUAAUUUCAACCUUUAUUCUACUUUCAUACUGCAAUAUUUAGUCACACAACAUCUUAUUGUCCUUGUAAGAUCAUUUAAAACCUCAAAAUAGGUGGAUGCUUCCUCUCAAAUAAGCUUUGUGAAUGUAAGUCACUACUAGCUUAAAACCCUUUUCUUAUCACUGUCCUGAAAUUGUGCUCUAUUCAGUAAUUACUUCUCUUCUUACUAGCUCUAAUACCUGCCCCUACCAGCGGUAACAUUUCUAGGUCCCCAUUCCUGUACUUUCAAUAUGGUUAGUGGUCAGGUGUCACUAGAUGGGGA